AUGACUGGAGUUUUGUUGGGCGUCUUCGAUGGAUACAUGCCCUUAGAGCGAAAUGCUCUGACAUCAGAGACAAAAAUUGGCGGUACACCCACAUUCUUUCCGACGCUUUCCGAUGCCCAGCGUGAGAUCAUACGAGGAUGGACAACAUGCGGGGUGUGUGGGCACCCAAUGUUUCUUCUUUUACAGGCCUUUAGUCCGUUACCAUCGGCAUCUUCUUUGCAUCAUCGAAUGAUAUACGUCUUCUGUUGCAACUCCGCCGCAUGUGUAAGGCAACCCUCCGCUAGUUGGUGCGCCUUUGCUCUUCAAGUUGACGCUGCGGAUGAGUCUGCUUUACACGAUGAAGAGUCCGAGGAGGUUUUUCAGUGUGGUCCUUUGCUACCGGCUGAAUUACCGCCCAAUACUUUCCCUCCCUGUUUUGUAGACAUCGUCCCUGAGCCAACAAAAGAAAUUGUAGUGCCAACCAAUCUAGAAGCUGAACUGAUUCGUACUGCCGAGGAAAAUGCUCGAAAGGCAGGUAUUACUGAGGAUGAUGUGACGGAAUUGGAAAACACGAUUGAUCUGAAGGAUAAACCCUCUGACUAUGAGUUUGAGAAGUUUCGACGAAGAAUGUCGAGAGAACCUGCACAAGUUCUCCGUUAUUAUUCGCGGGACGGCUCAGGGAAAGAAGAAAAUGGUGUACCAACAGCAACUGCUCCCCCACUCUUCAUGAAUCCUGGAAGUGUGCGGGACAGCGUGCGAAUUCCACCGUGUGUCCGCUGUGGAUCUGCUCUCACGCACGAAUUGCAACUUAUGCCCACCUGUGUGUAUUAUUUACGUGCUGGAGAAUAUAUAGCACCUGGCCAAUCAAAGGCAGAUGAUGGAGUCGACUGGGGUUCGGUAACAAUCUACGUUUGCUCCAAGGACUGUUCGAAAGAUUCUCAGGGCGUGGUUUUACUCAAGGCGUUUGUGCUCGUGGAAAAGGCCCCAGAGCUGGAGGAGGAGGAGAAGGGGGCGAAUGGACGAAAGAACCUUCGCUCUUUUAUGAAUUGCUCAUGA